ACCCAGCAGUUCUAAACCCAGCAUACUUCCUUGUGUCUGCUUGUGCUGUUCUCUCAUUUUCUCUUCCCUUUUUCUCUUGGUUAACUCGUAUUCACCCUUAAAACCUCUGCUUUGCCGAGCGUGGUGCAACUGUAAUCCCAGCUCUCGGCAGGCUGAGACAGAAGGAUAGCAAGUUCGAGGCCAGCUUGGGCUAUAGCGACACCCUGUCUCAAGGAACCAAAAACUGCUCUGACAUCAAUCUUCCAGGAGGGAGCAUUGGCAGUUGCUGGGUAAUUUGAAGACUACUGUGGAGGGUUUGGUGUCAGCCAACUGCCCCAAUGUUUGGUCCAAAUAUGGUGGCCUGGAACGGCUUUGCAGGGACAUGCAGAGCAUUCUCUAUCAUGGGCUCAUCCAUGACCAGGUAUGUUGCCGCCAGACAGAUUACUGGCAAUUUGUGAAAGACAUCCGAUGGCUCAGUCCCCACUCAGCCCUUCAUGUUGAGAAGUUCAUCAACCUGCAUGAGAAUGGCCAAGACAACACUGAUGGUGUGAGUGAACAUGCUGUUGCAGAGUUGUGGCUGCAGCACAGCUUGCAGUGCCACUGCCUCUCAGCCCAGCUCCGGCCUCUGCUCGGGGAUAGACAGUAUAUCAGAAAAUUCUACACAGAAACUGCUUUCCUGCUAAGUGACGCCCAUGUCACAGCCAUGCUCCAAUGCCUGGAGGCAGUGGAACAGAACAAUCCCCGCCUCCUGGCUCAGAUUGAUGCAUCUAUGUUUGCCAGAAAGCACGAGAGCCCAUUGCUGGUGACAAAGAGCCAGAGCCUGACAGCUUUGCCCAGUUCCACAUACACCCCUCCAACCAGCUAUGCUCAGCAUUCCUACUUUGGGUCUUCUUCUAGCCUCCACCAAUCUGUACCCAACAACAGCUCAGACAGAAGAUCUACUUCCUUUUCACUCUCCGGUCCUCCCCAGAAACCACAAGAAAUCAGAGGACAUUUCUCACCAGCAGAAGAUCAAACCAUCCAAGCUCCUCUGCUUUCAGACUCUGCACUAGCCCAGGAUUCUCCAUCAACCCCAAUUGAGAUGAGCUCCAGCACUCUGACAAGCCCCAUAGAGGCAUCCACUGUCAGCAGCCAGAAUGAUUCCACAAGUGAUGCCAGUGAGGGGCCUGAAUACCUGGCCAUCGGCAACCUGGACCCCCACAGCCGGACUGGCAGCUGUCAGAGUCACAGCAGCAAUGCUGAGAGUUGCAGCUCUAAUUUGUUCUCCUCUAGCAGCUCUCAGAAACCAGAUUCUGUUGCUUCUUCCUUAGGGGACCAAGAGGAAGGUAGGCAGAGCCAGCUAUCCAGUAUCCUCCGCAGGUCCAGCUUCUCAGAAGGGCAGACAGUCACUGUCACCAAUGGGACAAAGAAGAGUCAUAUUCGCUCACACUCAGAUACCAACAUUGCCUCCAGAGGAGCCCCAGAGAGUGGCCAGUACCUGUGCUCAGGAGAAGGCAUGUUCCGAAGACCAUCAGAAGGACAGUCCCUCAUCAGCUACCUCUCUGAGCAAGACUUCGGCAGCUGUGCAGACCUGGAAAAGGAGAACGCUCAUUUCAGCAUCUCAGAGUCUUUGAUUGCUGCCAUCGAGCUAAUGAAAUGCAACAUGAUGAGCCAGUGCCUGGAAGAGGAGGAAGUAGAGGAGGAAGACAGUGAUAGAGAGAUUCAGGAAUUGAAGCAGAAGAUCCGCCUUCGGCGCCAACAGAUUCGUACCAAGAACCUGCUCCCUGCGUACCAGGAAACUGAGCAUGGGAGCUUUCGAGUUACUUCCAGCAGCUCCCAGUUUAGUUCUCGUGAUUCUGCACAGUUCUCUGACUCUGGCUCUGCUGAUGAGGUUGAUGAACUUGAAAUCCAAGAUGGUAGCGAAGGAUCUAACCUGACUCACAUGUCAAAGAAUGGACUCUCAGUGUCAAUGGCCUCGAUGUUCUCAGAUGCUGACAUCAGAAGGAGCACAGCCUCAAAUAGCAAACCCUCCAUUUCCUCCCAGUCCUUCUCCCAUUGCUUCCUGCACUCCACAUCUGCUGAGGCUGUGGCUAUGGGGCUCCUGAAGCAGUUUGAGGGGAUGCAGCUUCCAGCUGCCUCAGAGCUAGAGUGGCUAGUCCCAGAGCACGAUGCCCCUCAAAAGCUUCUGCCUAUCCCUGACUCACUGCCCAUCUCACCAGAUGAUGGGCAGCAUGCAGACAUCUAUAAGCUGCGUAUCCGUGUUCGUGGCAACCUGGAGUGGGCGCCACCCCGGCCCCAAAUAAUAUUUAAUGUUCAUCCAGCUCCAACGAGGAAGAUUGCUGUGGCCAAGCAGAAUUACCGCUGUGCAGGAUGUGGUAUCCGGACUGACCCUGAUUAUAUCAAGCGUCUGAGGUACUGUGAGUACUUGGGCAAGUACUUCUGUCAGUGCUGCCAUGAGAAUGCCCAGAUGGUCAUUCCCAGCCGGAUUCUGCGCAAGUGGGACUUCAGCAAGUACUACAUCAGCAAUUUCUCCAAGGACCUGCUCUUUAAGAUCUGGAACGAUCCUCUCUUCAAUGUGCAGGACAUCAACAGUGUUCUCUAUAGGAAAGUUAAGCUGCUCAAUCAAGUCCGGCUACUGCGGGUCCAGUUGUAUCACAUGAAGAACAUGUUUAAGACAUGCCGACUAGCCAAAGAGCUUCUGGAUGCCUUUGAUGCAGUCCCAGGCCAUUUAACAGAGGAUCUCCACCUGUACUCGCUGAAUGAUCUGACUGCAACCAAGAAGGGCGAGCUGGGGCCCCGGCUUGCCGAGCUUACCAGGGCAGGGGCUGCCCAUGUAGAACGAUGCAUGCUCUGCCAAGCCAAGGGCUUCAUCUGUGAAUUCUGUCAGAAUGAGGAUGACAUCAUCUUCCCUUUUGAGCUCCAUAAGUGCCGGACCUGUGAUGAGUGUAAAGCAUGCUAUCAUAAAGCUUGUUUCAAGUCUGGAAGUUGUCCCCGGUGUGAGCGGCUGCAGGCCCGGCGGGAAUUACUGGCCAAGCAGAGCCUCGAGUCCUGCAUGACAGACUAUGAGGAGGAACCCACCGAAGCUUUGGCCCUAGAAGCCACCGUCCUGGAGACCACCUGAAGAAAGUGCAUUCAGCCCUCUGUCAAGGGGCUAGGGUCACACAUGAUGCAGAACUGAGCCACCCUUUCAAGGACUUUCCUCACUUGGGGCUUUUUUCUUUUUUUAGUUAUUGUCAUUUUUUUUUUUAAUGACUUGUCUGUUGUCCAGGUAUAGUCAACCUUUGUCAGGUUGAUGGGUCCAGUCUGUUGUGACAGGUAUUUUCAGGCACCAGGUAUUACCAUCAGAACCAACACAUGGGUCCUUAAGUGAGGUUUUGAGUGCCUCUGUCAGUUGAUGAACAGUAAGACCUAAUUCUUCUGACAUCCAUGGCCUUUUCUACUUAGGACGGGAUCUGGUUGCCACUGCAUCUCAAAUAUCAUUUCCACUUUUGUUUUAGUUUCAGAGCUUCUGAGCCACGUCUUUCUCAACCAACUCUUUUCUCCUUUGCUGCUAAAACAGGGAUGGAGUUUUCUCUCUCCCAACCUGAAAUAGGGUCAGAGUUCCCUGAGGAGAAGCAGCAGAGAAUGGGGCUGCAUCCUGGGCAUUCCACUCAGCUUAUUGAGGGACUUGAGAGCCAUAAGAACAGAAUCAUUACUGUCCUAGAAUCUUUAGAGACCUCAAGGAGGUAGCCACAACUUCCCUGAGUGAAAUAUUCUAGGCAUAGAUGAUAGCAGAAGCUGAUUUUAUGUACUCUGGUGGGUCUGAAGCAAAGAACAGGCUUAGGACAAGCCCAUUUGUAGCCAGAACCACAAACAUAAGUGAGGCUACAACUGUUGCUUAAGGAACAUUUAUUCAGUUAGAGGAGCUGUCAGCCUCUUGGGUAUUCAGGUCUCUUACUUAACCUAGAUCUUGGGUGAAGGUAUUGUCUUUCAAGCUCAGGCAAGUCCCUGGUGCCAUCCUAAGGUGAAGACAGAAACCUCACCCACCAUCUUAUUAGUGGGUGCCUUACUAUUCUUCCUAUGAGAUGGCCACUGUGGUUCUGACUAAAGGUAAGGCCCAACUCCAUUCUCUGUCCCCUUCCUACAACAGAGCUGGGAUCUUCCCUGGUGACUGAUCUCUUGCCUUAGUUUCUUUUCUCAAAGUUGGGGAAAAACCUUCCUGUUAUUAGUAGUGUUAGAGAACUUGACAAUUUGUGAAUGUGAAUAUUCCUGCUUUCUUGAGAAAACAAGAGCCUUUAUGCCAAUUAUGCACUUAACUCCUUAUGUAGCCUGGUACUGUAUAUUCAAUCAUCCUUUUCAUAUUACUAAUUUUAACAUACUCUCCCAUACUUUAAUAUGUAUUUUGAUGGGAAAAGUUCUUGAAUGGGACCAGAGGUAUGUUUGUGGUGUUCUUUAAGUCACUAUAGCUCCUAAUCUCUAUGUAAAACACUGGUCAGGGUCACUUUUCCAAGGGCUGGCAGCUCUGUGAACUAAAGCCCACAGCAUUCUCAUUCUGGAAUUGACUUCUUCCUGUAUUACCUGUCUUCCCAUAGUUGGUUGCUAGUAGAAAAAAUUUGCCUUGGGUGCUGCCCCUAGAAGCCAAAUAGAAAGUUGCACAUGGUUGGUGGAAGCUGACAAGUACCUGAGCUGGAGGUAACAAGGAGUCUCACAAGGAAGUGAGAGAGGCAUUGAGGCAAUAGCCAGAGCUGAGGCUUUACCAGAGCAAGAGGGAGCAUGUAGGAACUGGUUCAUGGUGUUGGUUGCUCUGUGGCACACAUGGGUUCUGAAGGCUACAUUGAACUGGAAGACUAGGGCUAUUCUCCUUUCAGUUCAUGGUGAAGCUCUGAAAGCCAAGGCCUAGCACCGUUUUGAAGGGCUGACUAGACGCUCUCUUGUCCCUUUAAGACAAGGAAUGACCCCACAAAACUCAAGUCUCACAAAGGCUUCAGACUUGAGUUUGUAGAAGUGGUGAGCUCUACUUCCAGUUUUGGUUUAAAUUUUGAAUCUUUACUCCAAAUCACUAUACUGGAGGAGAGACAUACUCUCUGUGGUUCAAAACUGAACUCAACAAUCAUAUUACAUGCUCCUGGUUUUUUACGAUUUUUCCUCACCACUCCACCCUACCCCCCAUCCCUUUAGAUUGCAUAUGUUUAAGUGCCCCGAUACUAGGCUGUCAUCACCAUCCAUAUGUCCACUUAUUUAUUUAUUUGAGAAUGGGGAAGAGAGGGAAGAGGAGAGAUGUUUUGAAAGCACUUUGCAACUUAGCAGUAUCUAAGAACCCCCUGCUGUUGUGGGGAUAAGCUUCUUAAUGCACUGAAGAGUUCCUUCUAAAUGACAUUGGAGGGGAGAAGUGUUCUUUUCUAAAUAUAAAGGGAAGGAAACCUUUGCUUACAAGGUGGAGACAAGAUUCAAGACACUGCAGAUGAGUGGAAGGCAAACAUUUUCCACUUAAAUGAGGCUGUUAUUGACUUUCUCUGCCAAGAUUUUAAGAGUUUUUGUUGAAUUAACACGAAAGGAGCAAGAGUCCAAAUAGAGGUGCUCCAUGUGUGUACAUGUCAUGUUUUGAACUGGAUUUCCACUUGCUGUAAUUCUUUCACAGCCUAGCAGUUCAUGGUCACCAUUAAUAAACU